AUGGCGCCGGGAGAUGAGUCUGGAUUGGAAAGGGCAGGAGUCAGACUGGGACUCUUUCUUCACACGUGUCUUGGUGCCACGGUUACGCACGCCAUCGUGCGACAGCAAUUUCUGACGCACGUGGGCCGGGAUCACCUUGAACCUGAGGAGAAGCAGGCGUUGAAGCGGCUGGUGGAGGAGGAGCUACUGAAGAUGCAGGCAGAUGCUGGUACCAGGGAAGGAAAGCUAAACUUUAUCAAAGUGAAGAGGUCUCCUGCUCCCGGCAGUCACCCAGAGGCAAAAAGGUUCUGCUUCAAUUCAGAAUCAGACUCCAGCUCCACACCAUCCAGUCCAGACUGCUCAGGGCGUCCAACAAAGAACAGCACAACCAAGGAGAAGUCAUGUUCGAGGAGAGCCGUAAAGAAAGCAGUUGAGAGCACAGAUGAAGAACAGCAAACAGACCUGGUGGCCAAGAUGGGAUUAGAGAGCAGUGAGGAGGAGGAUGGGGAAAAAGAGCAGAAGGCUGGGGCUAAAAAGAAAGCUGGGACCAAGAACAAGCAAGCACCAAGCAAGGCUUCAGCCACUGAGCGGCAGGUUAGGGAAGAAAGUGGAAGCAGUGAAGAAGCAGCUAUGCAGGGCAGAGCAGAGAUGGGGGAAAGCACAGGUGCUAAACGCCACAAGGAAAGUGACGACAGUGACGAGGAGACCCUAGCCAAGAAGAAAGAGCACAGGGAACCCAGACAGCGGAGCAACCAAGGGAAGAGAAUGAGCUCUAAGCAGAAAAGCCGGGCUGGGAGGGGAACUAGAGGUGUGGGAGACAGUGAGGAAGAGAAGGGAAAGGGGGCAGUAAGUAGUGGGGACAGCAGUGGGGAGAAAGGGGAGGAAAACAGGAGCAAGGCCAGGUCCCAGACUGAGAGCAGAAGGCAGAGUGCCAGCAGCGAGGACGGUGAGAGCAGCACGCAGGAGCCAGCAGCUGCUCAGGACACUACAGAGACAGGCACGCGAGACAGCAGUAAUGGGGAGAGUGAUGUGGAGAGGGAAGGGAGUGACUCCCAGGCAGGAGAGAGCACCAAAGAGGAGAGGAAGAACCGCUCCUCCAAGAAGAGCUCCAAGAAAGGCAAGGCACGAAGUUCCUCUUCCUCAUCAGACUCAAGUCCAGAACCCACAAGCCAGAAGGCUAGGUCUCGGCGCUGUGGAGAGGACCAUCCAGCUGUGGUGAGACUAAAGCGUUAUAUCCGGGCUUGUGGUGCCCGUCGGAACUACAAGAAGCUCCUGGGGUCCUGUCGCUCCCACAAGGAGCGCCUUAGUGUCCUCAGGGCUGAGCUGGAAGCGCUGGGCAUGAAGGGCAAUCCUUCCUUGGAGAAGUGUCGGGCCCUGAAGGAGCAGCGAGAAGAGGCAGCUGAGGUGGCUUCCUUGGAUGUUGCCAAUAUCAUCAGCAGUUCGGGCCGACCACGAAGAAGUAAUGCCUGGAACCCUUCAGGGGAAGGAAUCGCCCCAGGGGAGCUUUAUCGCCGAACCCUGGAUUCAGAAGAGGAGCGACCACGCCAAGCACCUCCAGACUGGUCCCAUAUGCGGGGCAUCAUUAGCAGUGAUGGUGAGAGUAGCUGAACUCCAUGCUCCAGCAUGAACCCUGUCCUGCUGUACAGAGAGCCGAUGGCACUGAAGCAGUCUUUUAAAAAGAUACUAUAGCCCCAAGGACCUAAGUUGUUGGCACAGUAUUCAAUUUUAUGUUCUCUAAGGUUUGGGGGUUUGGGGGUUUCUGUUUUUAGAGUCAAUAAAGUAAUGUUUGUAAUUACUUCACCUGAACUAA